AUGAAGCCAUGGCAGUUUCUCAAACAUCCUUAUACAUGCUAUGUUCUGGGCAUCUUCUUUGGUUUGUCGUCUGGUGUUUGCAUUGGUGCUAUUGAUAUUGUGUAUGGCUACUGGACGCAAAAUACGACACACCAUGUCGAUAAUUUGCAACCUGCUAUGCACUACAAUGACAUGUUGGCCUGGGUAUCGGUCAUCAUUGGUGCCUAUUCGUUCAUCUCCAACUGGCUUUUUUUGGUGCUCUUGUCACAUGGUUCGCACCAGCUUGCGACAGGUCUGCGCAACCAUUACUUUGCUGCAGCUCUUGUCCAGGAUCCAACCUAUUACGAUGAGCAUGGGCCUGGUUCAAUUGCGACGCAUGCGAAUCGCGAUAUUACCCUGCUGCGCGCAUCGUUUGGCGAGAAGCUCGGCUACCUUUUAAAUGCCAUUGGUACCAUUAUUACCUGCUUGAUCAUGGCGCUCUCACGUGCGCCUGUGCAUGCUGGUGUGUUGUUGUCCAUGUUUGUGUUUUCGUGCCUGGUGUUGACCGUGCUGGGCAUCUUGUCGGACCGCGUUACUUCCACCGUGUUGGCCGUGGACAGUCGACUGUCAACGUUUAUUGAGCAAGUGAUUGCCUCUGUGCGCGUGGUCCACAGUUUCGAACUUACUCAGACCCUGAUUGAGCGGAUGCGCUCCUUGUAUAUCAAGCCUUUGGCUCGCGUUGUGACCAUCCGCUCGCUAGUACGUGGUGGUGAUUUGUCGGCCAUGUACUUUGUUGUGACAGCCCUCUAUGCUCUUGGGUUCUGGUGGGGCUCGAUCUUGAUCAACGAGGGCCGUGAGCGAAUGGAUUCAGUAAUUUCGAGCUUUUUCAACUACCUGAACAUGCUUUUCAGCUUGACGAUGGUGAUUUCGCAUUUCCAAAGCAUUCUAGAGAGCCUGACAACAUUGCACAAGAUGCGCUUGACGAUUGAGCGGCACCCCCGUAUUGACGUGCGCAGCACCGAGGGCCGCAUUCUUGGCAUGCCACGCACCAAGGAACUGCCCAUCAAUAUGCCAACCUACACGCCAUCGUUCGCAUUGGAGCAUGUCACGUUUGCGUACCCAUCGCGCCCGUACGUUGCCAGCUUGAAGGAUGUUAGCAUUGAUUUCAAGCCGGGUACCGUCACAGCCUUGGUCGGUCCGUCGGGCAGUGGUAAGUCGACAAUUACGUCGCUGCUGAGCCGCGAGUACGAUCCAGACUCUGUGCAGGACUUGCCAGAGGACAGGGUAAAGGCGUUGCUGGAGGCCAGUGAGAAGACAGACAUUGUCCCAGGUCAGGGCCGUGUCCUCUUUGGCGGCGUCAAUGUGCGUGAGCUCAAUGUGCGUUGGAUGCGUUCCCAGAUUUCGGUGGUUCGUCAGAACCCGCAAAUGUUCAGUGGCACCAUUGCCGAGAAUGUGGCGAUGGGUUUGUCGGCCGGCCUGGCCAUGUCGUUUUCGAUGGAGGACCCGGAGGUGCGUGAGAAAGUCAUUGCCGCGUUGAAGAAGGCAGAGGCAUGGGACUUUGUGAGUAAGUUGCCAGAGGGAAUGGAUACAUACAUCUCCGGUGGCCGCAAUGUGCAUCUCAGUGGUGGGCAGCGCCAGCGUAUUGCUAUUGCUCGUGCGCUGGUCCGUGAACCGCAGGUGCUGUGUCUUGAUGAAGCGACGUCUGCCCUGGAUUCAUCCACAGAAGAGAAGAUCAAGGAGAACCUGAAGGUCGAGCAGGAGCUACGUGGCAUGACGACGAUCAUUGUGGCACACCGUUUAUCUACGAUUCAGCAUGCCGACCAGAUUGUGGUUAUGAAAAAUGGCCAAGUCGUGGAGCGUGGUACGCAUUCGCAGCUGCUUGAGCUUCGUCACGGCACGUAUCACAAGAUGGUGAUGCAUAAUCGCGCUGCGUCGGGCCUCACUGCAGACGAGGAGGAGGACGAUGACGCGCCGAUGGACCUCGCCAGUUCCUGGCGGCCCAAGCAUGUGAAGCGUAUGAACUAUACCGAAGAGGCUGAGUCACCGAUGCUGUCGUAUGUCCAGAAUGCGAAUCACAUUCAGCACGAUGUGGCGUCACGUGGCGGAAGUGGCCUGAUGUCCGCGUCCUGGGAUGCGAGUGAGCGACGCAACGAGCCAUCGCAGCUGUAUGCGCUGGAGCAAGAAGAAAAGGCCCGAGCGAUGCCGGAUAUCGAAGUGGGUCCCCCGGAGAGCAAAAAGACCAUUCACUUCGUCUCGCUUCUGCGCAAGCAGUGGUGGCUUAUUGUUAUCGGCUCGCUUCUGGCGACAUGCCUUGCCGUGUCGUUCCCCAUUGUUGCGUGGCUGUCUGGCUAUGCGAUUGAGUCGCUUGGUUUCAGCGACCUACAGCGCAUGCGGCACGAUACGGAUAAAUGGUCGCUUUGGUUCUUUAUUAUCUCGAUUAUCAACAUUUUCCUUGGCUUUGGCGCCUCGUUCUUCUUGGAGACGGCGUCCGAGCGGUUGUCGGACCAUAUCAAGGUGCGCUCCCUCCAGGCAUUGAUGAGCCAGGAGGUAGCUUUCUUUGACCAGAAAGAGCACUCUAGUGGUGCGCUAGGCGCAGCUAUCUUUAAUCAUGCCUCGAACAUUGGCGCGUCCAUGGGUGUGGUGCUAUGCCAGCUUAUUAUUUCCCUCGGCAACCUGCUGAGCUCCUUUAUUAUGGCUAUGGUCAUGGGCUGGCUCUUGGCAAUUGUCACGCUCCCAGCGCUGAUUUCACUGCUUGUGGCUGGCUACAUCAAUGUGCGCCUCAUGGAGAAAUACGAAUCAGUGGUGCAGGAACCGAUUGAUCGUACGUCGACAUACAUUGCCGAAGUGAUUGACGCCAUCGGGACGGUCAACUCUUUGGGCCGAGAAGCUGAUGUGCUGGAUCACUUUGAGAAGGAGAGCGAGAAUGUCAAGCCCUUCGGCGCGACGCUGGCCAUCGCUGCAGCUGCGUUCUCCUAUGCCCAGUUUGCGCUGUAUGGCUUAGCCGCCCUGCUCAUGUACUGGGGUGUCACGCUCUUGAAAGAGGGGCAUGUGGAAGCGUUCAAUGUCUUCGCGGUGUUUGAGGGCAUUUUUGUCGCUGUGUUUGCGUCUGUGCGUCUGACGACGUUCACGCCUGAUAUCGCUCGGGCGCGAUAUAGCUUCCAUGUUGUCCGCAGAUGGCUUUCACGCACUCCUCGUGUGGCGGCCAUCGACAGCGUCGCAGUGUGGCCACCGUCGGGACCUCGGGAUAUUGUGUUCCGCGACGUGGAGCUUCGCUACCCCCAGCGGCCGAACCAUGCAGCGAUUCAAAACCUGAACUUGGUCAUCCCCGAAAACUCGACUGUGGCCUUUUGCGGUACGUCGGGCAGUGGGAAGAGCUCGACAUUGAGCCUCUUGCAGCGAUUCUAUGACCCAGCCCGAGGCACAAUUACGUACGGUGGCAUGGACUUGCGCAGUAUUCCGAUGCACCAAUGGCGCGCAGAGAUGGCCUUUGUUUCGCAGGAUCCCGUUCUGUACGAAGGUACCUUGCGCUGGAAUCUGUUGCUGGGUGCCACGGAGCCAGAGAACGUUACGGAUGCAGACAUUGAAGAGGCCUGUCGAAAAGCCUGUGUGUGGGACUUUGCGAUGGCCCUACCAGAAGGCCUAGAUACAAUGAUUGGGCUGAAAGGGUCGAUGCUGAGUGGUGGCCAGCGGCAACGUGUAUGUAUUGCUCGAGCCCUACUGCGCCGCCCAAAGAUUCUGUUACUGGACGAGGCGACAUCUGCCUUGGAUCCUGAAUCGGAGGUGCUAGUUCAGCGGGCAUUGGACAACGCCUCAGCGAACUGCACAACGGUAACGAUUGCGCAUCGACUCUCCACCAUCCGCAGCGCAGACAUGAUUUGCGUCGUGGAAGAUGGCCAGAUUGUCGAGCAGGGCACACACGAAACCCUGCUCCAAAAACGAGGACGCUACUUUGAACUUGUGGAAGCUCAACUCUAA